GUUUUGCUUCGCGCCUCCUGCCUCAGUGAUCUACUCGCCCUGAUCUGCAACCCACAAAGCCGCGAUCGCCAGAGCACAACCCGCACCACAUCCCAUACCCAAUACAAUAGCCUUUAUCGGUCCCUCGUCCAGUUACAAUGGCCGUCCUGGGAGCAGGAUCGGUUAGCAAACUCUCUCUGCGAAACUCUGUUUUGACUGUUGAGCAAUUGGAGCAAAGUCCAUCCAGACAGGACGGAAUUUCACAAGAGCUGGAGACAGAGUUGCGUGUGUUUGGUUGCGAACUCAUUCAGUCUGCAGGAAUCUUGCUACGUUUACCGCAGGUGGCAACGGCAACGGCACAAGUCCUCUUUCAGAGGUUCUACUACAUGGCGUCUUUGAAACUCGUUGCUGUGCGGGACAUUGCAAUGGGAGCCGUCUUCUUGGCUUCAAAAGUGGAAGAAACGCCUCGUAAAGUCAAGGAUAUAGUCAAUGUGUUCUCUUGGCUCAUUGAUGUUAAUCGAGGGAUAACACCACGAGUGGAGAGUUAUGCUGGAUUGCUAUUCAAUGAGUUGAAAGAAGGGAUUAUAGCAGGCGAAUUGCAUAUUCUCUGUAAACUUGGAUUCAAUGUUCAAGUACAGCAACCACACGGAUUCAUGAUGAAUUAUCUGCAAGGAAUGAAUAUGGUGGAUAACGAGGAUUUGACGCAACGGGCAUGGAAUUACAUGAACGACGGGCUGCGAACCAGCAUAUAUGUCUGCUACCAGCCAUCUACGAUUGCGUGUGCAGUGAUAUACCUUGCCGCUCGCGUAUGUAAGGUGAAGCUCCCUACCAACCCACCCUGGUGGGAGGUAUUUGACGCAGACCUGGAAGAUUUGGAAAAUGUAUCGGGUCACAUCUUGAGCCUCUAUCGCAAACCGGUGCGGAAGGGAUUGCCCCUAACGGUCACGGAGUUAGAGACCUUCCUGGAAAGUGGCGCAACUAUGUCGUUUGUCGAGCCUGCGAACCCGAUUGAGACUGCAGAAAACACGAUGUUGGACUCAGCGCCAGCGCCAUGCAAUGUGCCUUUGCGGUCACCCACAUCACGCUCAACCGAGACCGAGCAGCGAUCACCACAUUCCCGGUCCAGGGCGCGAAGCCCACGCCGCGAGAGCCGAAGAUCGCGGACGCCACGUUCACGCUCACGUAGUCCAGAUCGGUCGUACCGAUCGCGAAGAGACAGACGCAGACGGUCGAGAUCCCGAAGUCGGGGAAGGAGAGGCCCGCCUUAAUAAAAUAUUUAGACAUCUGCUGAUUCUCAAAUUGGCGGCUAGAGUCAUUAUAGCACACAUAGCGGACGAUUGAUGGCUCCCGUCUGUCCGUUGCUGCAGACUGUGGCCAAUGCACCAAGCUUGCUCUCAUUUUCGAAAUGGCAUGGCUUUUGAACAUUAUUCUGGUGUACGCUCUGCUGGAACUGUUUUCGCUGUCCAUGGCUGAUCAGACUGGAUAUAUAAUGGGCGCGAGCAGCACAGCACUAGACAAACUCUUCACAUGGUAGAGCGAGCGGUGGAAGAAAUAUUCGAACGUAUAUUAUUUUUUUGCCGCUUGGGCCUUUUGUGCUUUCUCUGCGGCUUUUUUUUCCUUAUCAUAAUAUUUUCCAAC